AUGACGCUCUUGCACGAGCUCUUCAAGCAGCGAGUCAAGAUGUCGGAUACUGGAGCAGAGGACAGGGAGGAUGGUCAGGGCAGCUCGAAGGGCAAGCACGACAACACGGGAAGACAGGGGACAGGAGGAGGGCAGAGCACAAAAGCGACAGAGCACGAGAAGACGGAGGAGGGGGAAGGAGAGACGAGAGCCAAGGGGGAAGAGGAAGACGCUGCGCAUGAUCAGGUGACUGAGCGGAAGCUGGAAGGCUACCUUCUUACCUUAUCAAAGACUCUGCUGGAGCACGAAGAGGAGGAGAUGACAGAGCACGCUAGGUAA